GUCGUGUAGCCGAGCCGAGCAGCUGGUGGCUGAGUGGGCGGGACCGGGGCUUUCAGCGCACAUAAGUCCUGAGGUGUCAGGGAAGCUCGUCGCUGUUCAAGGUUGGGGACCUCAGUGAUGGCUUCAGCUCAAUCCGUGCUCACAUUUGCAGUUUGUAUCCUAUUAAUAUCUGAGGUUAUAUUGGCAAAAAAGACUUACUAUGACAUUUUGGGGGUCCCAAAAAAUGCUUCAGAGCGACAGAUCAAGAAAGCUUUCCACAAGCUUGCGAUGAAGUAUCACCCCGAUAAAAAUAAAAGCCCCGACGCAGAGGCUAAAUUUAGAGAAAUAGCAGAAGCAUAUGAGACCCUUUCGGAUGAAAAUAAACGGAAGGAGUAUGACCAGUUUGGUCAUGAUGCCUUUACAAAUGGUGGAAGAGGAGGCAGCGGCAACGAAAAGCAUUUCCAUCAGCAUUUCAACUUUGAAGACCUCCUAAAAGAAUUUGACUUUUUUGGAGAGAGUCGGCACACUAGAUCAAAAAGACAUUUUGAAAACCACCAUUUUAGGAGCCACCAGGAUCCUUCUAACAGGCACAGGCGUCACUUUGAUGACUUUGCAUUCGGCGGAGGUUUAUUUAAUGACAUGUUUGAAGAUAUGGAAAAAAUGUUUACAUUUGGUAGCUUUGGCGAUGGACCACGACACAAUAUAAGAACUGAGCAGAGGUUUCAGGGGUCCAGCAAGCAUUGCAGAACUGUUACUCAGCGAAGAGGCAAUAUGGUUACAACCUACACAGAUUGUUCAGGACAGUGAUCUGCAGGUGAAGCUAUGUUUCUGCAAAGCUGCGCAAGAACCUAUGGACUACCAAUAGAAGCUUUAUUUUACAAUUUAAUAGUACUCCAAUGUACAGUUCAACAGAACACAGCAAAUAGCAGGAAAACGCCAUGCACAGUAAUCUACAGAUGUUGUGUAGUAGGGUGCUAUAGAAUUACACUAACAGAUAAUUUAUUUUAGGAUUUCAAGGAAACUAUGUGAAAUUGUAAAUGGAUAAGCCAGUAACAUUUCCUCACUAUUAAUUAUGUGGCAUUUAGUAUGUUCCGGGACUCUAUUUUCUUCAUGCUGCUUUUCUGAAUUUUAUUUCAUGCUUAACCACUUGUCUUGUGACCCUUUAAAUGGGUCUUUACACCAGAGGGUGGGACAGGCUUUCUGAUGAAACGAAUGGCCGUCACAGUAGUCGCAUGACGGGAGCCCAUCUCAUUGGCUCCUGAUCAGAACUAGAGACCAGGAGCAGUCUUCAAGAGUUCAGUCACUGUGUAGGGAACAUGACUUUGGCACAAAACCUCCGCUGCCAUGGUUUCAUGUGUGCAUUUGGGUAUUAAGCCCACAUUCCUUGCUUCUGCGGGUAUGCAUUAUGUGGUCAGCAAGAGGUUAAAGAGCAAGUGCAGAGGAAUUAUUUGGUUUUGACUCCUAGAUUUAUUAUAGUCCUCCCAAAAUGUAAACUACAGUAGUUUCUCAGUUUGGCUUUUUCUCGUCUUGUCAAAACAAGUGAAAUCCAUUAAUGUUAUGGCUCUCAGUGGUAUUGCUUUGGCAAGAGUUGCCCUGUAUGAUUUGUGUGGGUGAUGAUUUUUUAGCAUAUGUUGCUGUUUAUAUAGCUUGAGGGUUUAGAAGGCUGCCACAAACUGUGCCAGACUUAAAUUUAAUGGACCAUAAUUUCAACUAUGACACUUCAUAAUUCAUAUAUUUAGUAUGGGACUUCAGUCUUUUUUUUGCCACAUUUACAUGCUGACCAACCAAAAUCAUGGUGACAGGGACAAGCUGUCAUUGCCUUAAGUAAAUGCGGCAAUAGGGUUUUUAUUGUAUUUACCCCAUGAUAGAAGUUCACCUUUUGUGACUAUGCCCCUGCUGGUAUUUCAUGCUUUCCCAAAUAUUUGUAUACAUUUUUUGCAUGUAGAUAUGGGGAAACAGUAAUGUGGUCCUUCUCUACUUUGUAGAGAGGACUGCAAAGUGUCCUAAAUCUAAAAGGAAUAUAAAAAUACUUUUACAAAUCCCUUUACAAUAAUUGCAGAUUAUUGAACUUUUUUCAUUUAUCGUAAAAAAAAAAAAA